AUGGAGCAGAUAAAGCAGACGUUCGCAAAAUGCAAGGAGGAGAAAAGGUCUGCGCUCGUGGCGUAUGUCACCGCGGGGUACCCGGAGGCCAGCGAGACGGUUGAUAUCAUUCUUGGGAUGGAAGAGGGUGGUGCAGACAUAAUUGAGCUUGGAGUCCCCUUCACAGACCCCAUUGCCGAUGGCCCUACCAUUCAACGAGCAAACACUCAGGCCCUCAAGAAUGGCGUCACAGUCACAUCUGUCCUUGAGAUGGUUAGAACCGCCAGACGAAAGGGCCUCAAAUCCCCCGUGCUGAUGAUGGGUUACUACAACCCUUUGCUACAAUAUGGUGAAGAGAGGAUGUUGAAGGAUGCCAAAGCUGCAGGUGUGAAUGGCUUCAUUAUGGUUGACUUGCCACCAGAAGAAGCCGUCAGGUUCAGAGACUUGUGCAAGAAGGAAGGAUUAUCCUAUGUUCCGCUGAUUGCACCAGCUACUUCAGAGGCUCGUAUGAAGCUACUUUGCGGAAUCGCUGACUCCUUCAUCUAUGUUGUGUCAAGAAUGGGCGUCACUGGCGCCACUGGUACUUUGAGUACCGGGUUACCAGAGCUCCUGAAGCGAGUACACUCAUACUCCGGAAACGUCCCCGCGGCUCUAGGCUUCGGUGUUAGCACAAGAGAACAUUUCUUGGAAGUUCAGGGUAUCGCUGAGGGCGUCGUUAUUGGUAGUCAGAUGGUCACUGUCCUCGGUGAAGCGGCUCCAGGAGAGCGUGCUCAGAAGAUCAAAGAAUACUGCUCAAGCAUUACUGGCCGAACUGUUGAACGAGGCCCUGUUCCUGAGUCAUCUGCUGAAGCACCCGGUUUGGUAGAUCAGCUCGAGGCUCUCAAUGUCACCAAGAACCCUGCUGCUAUUCCGGCACAAUUCGGAGAAUUCGGAGGGCAGUUCGUUCCUGAAUCGUUGAUGGACUGUCUCGCCGAACUCGAGGCUGGAUUCAACGAGGCCAACAAGGACCCCAAGUUCUGGGAAGAGUUCCGCUCGUAUUACCCAUACAUGAGUCGUCCAAGCAGUCUGCAUCUCGCAGAGCGCUUGACUGAACAUGCCGGCGGAGCUAACAUCUACCUCAAGCGAGAGGACCUUAACCACACUGGCAGUCACAAGAUUAACAAUGCCUUGGGUCAAGUCCUCCUUGCACGCCGCCUUGGAAAGAAGCGAAUCAUCGCUGAAACUGGAGCCGGACAGCACGGUGUCGCUACCGCUACUGUCUGUGCCAAAUUCGGCAUGGAGUGUGUCAUUUACAUGGGUGCAGAGGAUGUUCGCCGUCAAGCCCUUAAUGUGUUUAGGAUAAAACUCCUCGGCGCAUCAGUCAUUCCUGUUGAAGCUGGAUCGCGCACUCUCCGCGAUGCAGUCAACGAAGCUCUGCGCGCUUGGGUCGUCCAUCUCGACACGACUCACUAUGUCAUCGGUUCUGCCAUCGGAGCUCACCCAUUCCCAACCAUCGUCCGAACUUUCCAAUCCGUCAUCGGUGAGGAAACAAAGGCCCAGAUGAAGGAACUCACUGGCCGUUUGCCAGAUGCCGUCGUCGCCUGUGUCGGCGGUGGAAGCAAUGCGGUUGGCAUGUUCUACCCCUUCUCCAAUGAUCCGAGCGUCAAGCUCCUCGGUGUUGAGGCUGGUGGUGACGGCAUUGACACCCAGCGCCACUCCGCUACCCUUACUGGUGGAUCAAAGGGUGUGCUUCACGGAGUCCGAACAUAUGUUCUCCAAAAUGAACAUGGCCAGAUCUCCGAUACUCACUCCAUCUCUGCCGGAUUGGAUUAUCCCGGCGUUGGUCCCGAGUUGAGUAACUGGAAAGAUUCCUCCAGGGCUCGUUUCAUUGCUGCUACCGACGCAGAGGCCCUGUUGGGAUUCAAGACCAUCUCUCAGCUUGAAGGUAUUAUUCCAGCUCUUGAAUCUUCACAUGCUGUCUACGGUGCACUCGAAUUGGCCAAGACGAUGAAGAAGGGCGAAAAUAUUGUACUCAAUUUGAGCGGACGAGGUGACAAGGAUGUGCAGAGCGUCGCUGAUGCUUUGCCUGAACUUGGACCUAAGAUUGGUUGGGAUUUGAGGUUCUAG